GUUUCCAUGGUAACCUACUCACCGCUGAUAAUUACCACCUGGUGAAGAUUCUACAGAAGCAACUUCUUAAAUACGGAGGCGCUAUGGGAUUAACACUGACCAGGGCGGCCCAGUGGACCACAUCCAGCUCAGGCACGGCCAAACUGGAGUCCACUCCACUGAAUGAGUCCUUGUUGAAGGAAAUCCUGGAAUUUGUGGAGAAGAUUGGUUCCAAGUCCCCACAGGAGGCAGAGCAUGUGUUUGAGGAGCCGCUUCAAUGGAACACCACCUUAGUGGCAUCUCAUUUCAAGAAAGGCUAUAACACCAGGGGCUCAACUGUAAAGUCUAAUGAAAAAGACAGUGAGGGGAAUCCGUUGCUGCAGCUUUCUCCACCUUCACUUUAUGUUCGCAACUUCAGCCAGCUUUCUAAACUGCUUCAUGUGGCGAAAGAUAGGAAGCUUCAAGAGGUUCAAGCGUGUCUUGAAGAAAAUAGAGACCCCAUGGUUAACAUCCUUGGUUGGAACUUUAUCUCCAAGUUGGACAGAACACGUUCUCCUCCAGAGGUUCCCAUAGACGCAUCAGAGAAAGAUGUCAAAGUCAAGCUGUUCAUCUUGCUCCAGGAUAUUGAUAAAAAGAUCCUCAACAAGCUUGUUGCAGAAAUAUCAGAACAAGUCCAGCUUGAUCCCACCAUCGUCACAAAGGAAGUGGAGUUAUUCAAACAGUGCUGCACUGAAGGGGAGGAGAGGCUGCUGAAGUCACUGAGAUACACAUCAGAUUUUGAGUUUUCAAACGGCUGUCGCGCUCCACUUUGGAGACAGGCGCUGGGUGAGAUCUGUUACCUUGUUAUUGAGCCGUGUGACGGUGAGAUCCUGAACAUCACCUGCAGCUCUGCUGGAGUCUUUCUUAAUGCGGGCUUUCAACAGGAAGGAGACGAGAGUCACUAUGAGAGAAAAAGUGAUUUUUAUGAGGAUUUAGCAUCACUUCUAAAGAACAGAUCCCCACAUUUUGCAGAGAACAUAAACAAACAGGUGGUUGAUGGAGAGGAGCGAGGCCGAGCCCAGAAGUCGGAGAAGCAGCAGGAAAACAUUGUGCAUCAGUGGGAGAGACUACAGCGAGCUCUGUACGGCAGGAAGAAAUGUGACACAUGUCAGAGAUGGAGGAAUCUUGGUGUGCUGACUGUAUGUGGCCCAGCAGAGGAAGAGAAGGCCAGGAAGAGCUCUGUAGAGAAGAAGAGGCCUGGAGCCAGGAGCAGGAUGAAAGCUGAAUUGUCUGCUUCCUAUUCACCUGGACACUUGUCCUCCCAGAGAACGAAAACCUCAGCAGGAGCAGUCGUUGAGGAGCAGUUCAGUGAGAGCUCCUCUGAGACUGAAGAGGAAGAAGAGCAGCCAGAGCGGCGUUCAGAGACCAACCCGGACCUGCCCUCUGAAUACUGGCAGAUCCAGAAACUAGUGAAGUACCUCAAGGCAGCGGACCAGACAGUCACCGUGCUUGUUCUCUGUGCCAUGAUGGAGCUGGAUCUAACGAAGGAGACCUGCCAACUGGCUAUCCAGGACUUAGGUGGGCUGGAAGUCCUCCUUAACUUGCUGGAUACAAACGACAUCAGAUGCAAAAUUGGGUCUUUAAAGAUCCUGACAAAGAUCAGCCAGAAUGGUUUCCUGCGACAGACCAUUGUACACAUGAGAGGCCUGCAGAGGAUGGUGAAUAACCUGGACUCACCAGUGAAGGAGCUGCAGGCCUUGGCUGCUGAGACAAUUGCAAACGUGGCUAAGGACCGCAGAGCAAGGAGAACCGUCAGGCACCAUGGAGGAAUCAGGAAACUGGUGAAGCUGUUGGACUGCAUCCAUGACUCCGCCAACCUGAGAGCAAACAUGGAGAAGGAUCUGGAGGUGGCCCGCUGUGGAGCCUCAGCUCUGUGGAGCUGCAGUAAAAGUAGCAAGAACAAGGAGGCCAUACGUAAAGCUGGGGGGAUCCCUCUUCUGGGACGCCUGCUCAGGUCUCCACAGGAGAACAUGCUGAUCCCUGUUGUGGGCACCCUGCAGGAAUGUGCCUCACAGGAAAGCUACAGGGUUGCCAUUCAGACUGAAGGGAUGAUUGAGGACUUGGUGAAAAACCUGAGGAGGGACAAUGAUGAGCUCCAAAUGCUUUGUGCCAGUGCAAUCUUUAAGUGUGCAGAGGACAAACGGACCCGGGACCUGGUCCGCAGCAACAAAGGCCUGCAGCCGCUGGUUUCACUGCUCGCUAAAGCAGACAACAAGCAGCUCCUGGCUGCUGCCACUGGGGCCAUUUGGAAGUGUUCCUUCAGCAUGAAGAAUGUAGCCAUCUUUCAGGAGAGCAAAGCUCUGCAGACCCUGAUUGGUCUGCUGACUGAUCAGCCUGAAGACGUCUUGGUCAAUGUAGUGGGAGCUCUGGGACAGUUUGCCCAGAAACCAGCUAACAAGACCGCCAUCUGCAACGGUGGGGGCAUCAAAGCUCUCAUUAAUCUGCUCAAUGGAACAAACCAGGCUCUGCUUGUAAAUGUAACAAAGGCUGUGGGAGCUUGUGCCACAGAGAAGGACAACGUGGCAAUCAUUGACCAGCUUGAUGGAGUCCGCCUGGUGUGGUCACUGCUAAAGAACCCCAGCACAGAAGUUCAGUCUAGUGCUGCAUGGGCCCUUUGUCCGUGCAUUGAGAAUGCUAAGGAUGCCAGGGAAAUGGUUCUGUUCCUGAUCGGUGGACUGGAACUGAUUGUGCAUUUGCUGAAGUCAACAAACAACGAGGUGCGGACGAGCAUUUGUGCUGUCGUGGCCAAGCUAGCCAAAGACAAAGAGAUCCUGGGAGUCCUCACUGAUCGUGGUGUUGUCUCCCUGCUGGCCGAGCUGAUCAACACAACUGAUAACAGGCUUCGCUGCUACUUGGCCGAGGCCAUCGGACACUGCUGCAUGUGGAGAAACAACAGGGCUUCCUUUGGUGAAUAUGGAGCCGUUGGUCCUUUGGUCCGUUACCUGGAGUCAAAGGACACUUCAGUCCUCAUGAGCACAGCCAUGGCCCUGUACCAACUGUCCAAAGAGCCCAGCAACAUCAUCACCAUGCAUGAGGAAGGAGUCGUCCAGCAACUGAUCCACCUCACAGGCUCUGAUGACAGCAAGCUCCAGGAGUUUGCUGCUGGAUGUUUGCGCAACAUCCGUCUCCUGUCACUGGCCAAUCAGAGGGCCGCUUGUUCAAAUGAGAACCCCUGAUCUCAGCAGAAACCCUGGAAACCCACAAGAGACUGAAAGAAAGGUAUCAGGAUGGUGAGAAGAACCGGAUGUUUCCAGAUCCUCCAAACAUCAGAAAUAAUUACCAAGAACAAGAUGGAAAUGAUGAAAUAAUUAUUUUGAAAUCUGAAAAGGGCAACAGUAUUAACAUUGUCAUGUUAAUAAAAGACAAAAAUGCUCCAAGUGUUUCAGAUCUUUUCUAUCAGAUAAUCUGAUGAGAUUCAGAUGAAAACUAUGAUCUGGACUAGAGAGAGUCUAUUUAUUUGUCCUCUAGCUUCUGUUUAGCAGGAAACUUUCAUCCUGAACUUCAUGUUCCCAUCAGUGACAUCAUCACAAGUUAUUCCAAACACUCAGGAAGUCCUCCUCUGGCUCUCUGACUGUCUGAAC